UUCACUAUGGCGAAGGAAUAAACAGAGCGCAGCGGGUAGGAAAGAGGCAGUAACGGUGAACACAUCUCUCCGUUAGUGACUAACACUAGUUAAUAAUAGUCCAGUGACUGCUGGGAGGCUUCAGUUGGGUGUGCUGUCGUUGUUUGUGUGGUCGGGACACGGAUGCUGUCAGUGCGAACAGCGAUGAAAAGAGCGACAAUAGUUUGCUUGUGCACACUGAACACCUCAGUUGUAGCGGCCGGUGAUACAGGCUAACCGCCACUGCUCUCCGGACCUUUUCUCCUCUUUCUCACCGGUUUUCUCGGCUGAAGAUGGAAAGAGGAGAACACUAAUGUCCGUUAGCUUAUAGUAACACAGAUUUUGUUUAUUUUCCAGUCAUUCGGCUUUAUUUCGCUCGUAUUUUCCCAUCUAAGUCGAGUUGAACUGCCGUCCAAGAUGCUGACUGGAUCUAAAACCACGUUCAAAGUGAGACAAAUGCUGCCUGAUAUCAAGGAGAGGAUGCUGAGUCAGAGUGGGAUGAACGCAAGGAGUCGAGAUGUGUUUGGGCUACGCUGUCUGCCAGGUGAGUGUGUGCUUCAGAGAGCUGUUAUGGUGAGGAAGAAGUUAACUGCAAGGGAAGGAAGAGGUUGGCUGUCUGGGACCCUCUUCUGCACCCACUUCAGAGUGGCCUUUGUGCCUCAGGACAGCCCCAAACCUGACGACAAUGCAGACCCAGUGCUUUUAGGAGAUCAUGAUGUGGCUUUGGCAUCCAUAGAGAAGGUUGUGGUUGUGGGUCCAAACAGAACCAAGCUGGUGACCCCAAACUCCUCCCUGAAGUUCACUCCAGAGGAGCUGGUGCUUUACUGCAGGGACCUCAGAGUCAUCUGCUUCCUGUUUGACCGCCUCACUCCUGACGCACAAGUCAUAGAGAUAACUUACACCAUCGCCAAGACCUACCAGCCGCCCAAACCAGGGUCAGUUUUAUCUUUCCAGAACGCUGCCCUUGGGAGUGUAGAAAUGAAGCAGUUUCUAAGCAACCGUCGCCGAGACGCCCACAUGAACUGGUAUGAGUCUGCCUCAGACUGGGAGCAGGAGCUGGAGAGGUGUGGGGCCACGAGCUGGAGGGUCAGCUCAGUCAACGACCGCUUUGAGAUGUCCACCAGCCUGCCUCGGUUCAUCGUGGUUCCACAGAAGGUUUUAGACACCGAGCUGAAGAAAAGCUUCGCCCACUUCAAUGAAGGACGCAUCCCUCGCUGGUGUUGGCGACACCCCCGAGGCAGUGAUCUGCUGCGAAUGGCCAGCUUCCAGAACAACAUCUACCACGAGAAAGACGACAUCAGGAACCUGGAGAUGAUCCUGUUUGGUUGCCAGUCCUCUCUGUGUGUGGUGGUGGAGCUGGGCGAGGAGCUGCCUUCACCUGCCGAUAUCCAGCUGGCACACAGCCGCCUGCGUGCGCUCUGUCUGGGAGAUAUCUCCACAUCAGUGUCAGUGCCUGAUGACAAAUGGCUAUCUACCCUGGAAAGCACCCACUGGCUAGACUACAUCAGGUCCUGUCUGAAGAAAGCUUCAGAGGUAGCCUGCCUGCUUCGUGGCGGUCACCUGACUGUGGCACUGCAAGAAGCGGACGACCGGGACUUGAGCUGUGUGGUGUCCAGCCUGGUGCAGGUGAUGUGUGACCCCCACUGUCGGACCCAGCAUGGUUUCCAGAGCCUGGUGCAGAAGGAGUGGGUGAUGGCCGGCCACCGCUUCUACAGCCGCAUCAACUACCACCGCGACAAUGACAAGGAGGAGGCUCCCAUCUUCCUGCUCUUCCUGGAUUGUGUUUGGCAGCUGUUGUCCCAGUAUCCCUCUCGCUUCCAGCUGACAGAUGACUUCCUGUUGGCCUUGCACGACAGCAUCCACCUGCCACUCUUCUCCAGCUUCCUGGCCAACUGCCAGCGAGAGAGAUGCAAACGCUCCCAGAACCUCGGGCAGUCCUACACACCAGUCAACGGCUGGAGAGAUAUGCUUCAUCCAGAUUCCUCCUCGGAUCCAUCUGACCCUCCUCUGCCCCCGGUGUGGGACUGGGCCCUGCAGUACAGCAAGCACAGACGAGACCGUUUCACCCAGCCUGUCCCCCCAGUCCCUCCUCUCCAACCGCUGCUCAAUGGCAACCUCAACACCAACCCAGACACUCACAGGCUGACUGACACCAUCCCUGGCUCAGUCUUCCUCCUCUCUCGAGGCACCUUCUCCUGUCCUGCUAACCUGCUUCCCUGGCGCAGCGGCAGCUCAGGCGUUUACAAGAAGAGCCACCGGAGGGCGGCGUCCUCCGAGAACGUACCCGGCCUGGAGAGGCUGCUGAAGGCUUGGGCCCUGACCGAGUUUCCCCAUGGCCUCACUUCCACCUCCGGACCUCAAGGACCGCUUGAUCCCUAUGAGCCUUUACUGCCCCUCCUCAUGGGACCCUGCAUGGGCUUGUGGAGGGAGUGCUACCUUCGGGGGGCGCUCCAUGCACAGGCGUUCUCCCACCCCAUCUCUGCAAACCACCCCCACCCUGUGGAGCGGCUAGCCCUGGAGGUGCAGCAGCUCAAAGACAAGCUAGCACAAGUGUCCACAGGCGCGGAUCCAAACCCGCCCGCCAAGAUGGCCGAGCCCCGGCGAACCGACACCAACCUGAACCAAAACACCAACAACGGCACCUUCCUCUUCCCAGCGCCGAGGCCGCAGAGCGCUGUGAUGCCCAGAUCGGCACCCCCUCCUACCUCCACCAACCACCAGACCUCCAGGGGCCCUCCGCCCAUGUCAGCGCCACCAUCCAGGCCCGGCCACAAAGACAAUGGCGGCAGCAACAAGCACACCUUCCUGUUUGGGCACUCUUCAGUAACAGAGGCCCGCCCUGACCAGCGCUAUUACCCAGCACCCAAUAACGCCAAGCUGCCUAAGAGCAACGGGUCCUCGAUAGCUUCCUGAGGUCUGGUCCUCGUCUAAACUGUGCUCGUACGUGACACAUACCGCUCCGCCCGUGACUGCGCACUCGCAAAUCACCUGCCUGCAAAAUAUCGCUGGCAUCGUGGGCCGAGGAGAGCCAGAUGUGUGUCUCCUGUCACACCAUAUUUGAUUGACUACAAGGUGAUAAAAAGACAUUUGGGUGGAGCACAGCGAACUGCAGCAGUAUGAAAUAAUCAGCGCAAGAGCGCCCGACUCUGCUGCUCAUCGUCAGUACUGUAUGAAAAAUGUGACAACUGUUUUGUAUAUUUGUAAAGAAUCUUAGCAGUCAGUAUUCCACUCAUGAAUAUAUCUAAGACUAAAAGAAUAAGGGCUGAAGAUGCUUAAUAAUGAAUACAAGGAGUACAUCUCACAGUAUCUUCAAAUGCAGUAGACACAUUUAAUGCCAGCCUUCAAGGAAUGGAUGAGAAGGAAGCUUGUAGUUUCUAUUUUUAGCUUCUUAUCCAAAACGGGUGAGAGUGAUUGGGCAGGACAUGCACAGAGGUGUGACAAGGUGGUUCUUAAGGGCACUUUGACAGCAUACAAGGCAGUGAAUGGAUCAGGUCUUUCACUGGAUCUGACCUGUGACUGUCAGCCUGCAUGUCAGCAGAACGUUUUUUUUACAACCAGCCCUUUAACUCUUUAUCAUAUCAUGCUAAUGUGCAAAAGCACACAUUAUUUUCCUAGUUUUUGUAUCUCAGCUUCAAAUAGAGAAGUGGAAUAUUGUUCUGAAAUGUAUUAUUCUUGGAAACCGUCAUUUUAAACUCCACGGACUGCGACCAGUGACUUUAAUGUGGGAUUUAGGGCAUGAGAGCUAUUUUGGUGCUGCUCUCAUAUCUCUCUUGCAUGCCUGCAUGGGAGCAGCGAGAGGCCUAUAUUCAGUUCAGAGUGUUACGUUAGCCUGGCUGUGUCUGGAUGUGGCUAAAGUCACUGCAUAUUAUUGCAGUAUAAUUCAGUUCCUGCAUGACUGACAUCAUUUCAGGGCCUUACUAAUAUAAUCGUAUCUACACUUUCAUCCUUCAAGUAUUCUUGACCGUUACUGGUCGAUUUUUGAUGUCAUACAUGUAGAUAAGUGUGAUUUCUGAAUUGUUUCUGACCAAAUGUAGUAUUACUUUGAGAAUUUCUCCAUCAUUUUGUGGUGGAAUUGAAGAACACAAACAUCAUUCUGCCUUUUGAUUGCCGUACCUUCAGAAGGUAACAGUGUUGGAAACAAAGGGAAGCUUUUUUCUUCCUGUUUACUUUUCAUUUGAUCCGUUUCCUGCCUGGUGGCGUAUUAGUAUGCUGCCAGCAUUCAGGCCAAGGGCUUGGAAGUGUCUGACUGUAUUUAAAGCACAAAGGGAAGUAUCUGAUCCUGCGCCUUUAAAUCCAAACAGGUUGCCGUUUGCAUGAUGUGGGUGUCAAGUAGAUGCACUGGCGUCAUUCCCACGGACGAAUGAAAUUGCACCGUUUGAAAACAUCUUGUUUUUCUAAAUGUUUUCAGGCAGGAUCACAGCUGUCGGGUGUGUGACUGAUGUCGAUCUUCUCUCAUGUGAAAAGGUACCUCACUUGAUAGCACUAUGAAUUAUUAAAUUGUUGUAAAUAUUCAUCACACUAAUAUCAAGGCACAUUGAUGUCAGCUACAAUUUGAGAGCAUUCAGGUGCGAUGCCAAUGCAUUUACUUCUCCGUGGAAAAAGCAUGAGGUCAUCUUUGUCCUGUUGCAUGGAAAAUCUAAUCUGAUCUUCUGCUACACCUGUCGGUCUGUAUCAUUGUGUAAUUUAAUGUUUUUGGUACGAACGCUUCAAUUUGCCAGAUGUACAUAUUUUUUUUUGUAUCAGCAUGUUUUGAGCCUGAUAAAUAAAAAGUGCUAUCAGU